UGUUAUUUACACUUGAUAAUCUCCUACUCAGGACAAAGACCUCACCCAGAUCUUGCCUUCCAAGGUCUUUAAGAUGGCGACAGGCAAAGUUAAAAAACACAAGUGUAAGAAGAAAAACUUAAAAACACUACUGUAUGAAGAAAAACUUGCCAACCUUGAGCCCGGUGCUGGCUUCAAGAUGGCGAGGGAUGCUCCAAUAUGCUCCACAAUAUCCUCAUCCUCUCCAGAAAGAAACCGAUGGAGUUCAAAACUUGGAAUCAAGCUAAAAUAUCAGAAAAUUCAAGGAAAAAAUAAACUUAGUAUCUCAUCAGAAAAUUCAUCAAAUUUCUUUCAGAUUUGGAGAUGGUGGCAAAGCGCUUACGCUUCUUCCUCCUCUUCAUUCUCCUCUUCAACUUCUUCAUCAACGUAAUCAUCUCCCUCGCCACGAUCCUUGGGGUUUCUCGUACAGGAUACAACCUUUUCGCUGUUAUUUCUGCCUCCAUGAGUGCCAUCUAUAUUUGCCUAAGAGCCUGUAAAAAGACAAAAAGGAGCGAAGAGCAAGGUGAUAUUUUAAACUUACCAAGGUUGCCCAAUAGAUUUUCUUUCAAGGAAUUGAAAAUUGCAACCGAAAACUUUGGCCAUAAGCUUGGACAAGGAGGAUUUGGGUCUGUGUUCGAGGGGAAGCUUGCCGACGAUACAAAGGUUGCUGUAAAGAGGCUGGAAGAUGGUAUUAUUGGACAGGGGAGGAAAGAAUUCUUGGCAGAAGUGGAAACAAUUGGCAACCUUCAUCACAUCAACGUUGUGAGGCUAAUUGGAUUUUGUGCAGAAAAAUCACAUAGACUUCUUGUUUUCGAGUUCAUGGAAAAUGGGUCUUUAGAAAAAUGGAUCUUUGGCAGAACUCCUGACACAGUUCUUGAUUGGCAAACAAAAGUGAAGAUCAUCAUUGACAUAGCAAAGGGCCUCUCAUAUCUCCACGAAGAGUGUAGGCAAAGAAUUGCUCAUUUAGACAUCAAGCCUCAGAACAUCCUUAUCGAUAAAAAUUUCAACGCAAAGGUUGCGGAUUUCGGCCUUGCAAAGCUGAUUGAUCGUGAUCAACGUGAAUUAAAUACAAGAAUGAGAGGAACGAUUGGGUAUUUAGCUCCUGAAUGGUUGACAUCUACAAUCACCGAAAAAGUAUAUGUGUUCAGCUUCGGAAUUGUGGUCAUGGAAAUUGUGUGUGGAAGGAAGAAUUUCGAACACUCUCAGCCUGAAGAUGGCGCACGCUUGAUUUCUCUUUUGCAGGAGAAAGUGAAGAUUGAUCGGCUCUUAGACAUGGUUGAUAGAAACGAAAUUGAUAUGCAGAUGCUUGGAGAAAAAGCCGUUGAGAUGAUGAGGCUUGCAAUGUGGUGUUUGCAGACUAACAGCUGUAAAAGGCCAUCUAUGUCAACGGUGGUUAAGGUUUUAGAGGGAAACUUGAGCAUGGAGACUGAUCUUGACUAUAACUUCUUCACCUCUGCUACACUGAAUGCUAAUGAUCAUAUUUACAUAGCUAUUUCUAGUGAGAUAAAUAACUCCCAUCUUUCAGGACCCAGAUGUUGCUUUAGGAAUACCAUGUAUGAAGCUAGGCUGGCGACGACAUUCGAAGCCUCCAUCAGACGGCAAUCAUACCGGCGAAUCUACACAUCCCCGUUGGCAACCAUACCAGCGAUUCCAUCUUCUAGCAACCAAACCAUCGGUUAUCUAUCGGCACGAUCUGCCGUCCGUGAACAAGCUCACGUCGACUUGUACCAUCUAUAUGAGCUGAUGCCAUUGCUUGUACAGUACAUGCAAACGACCGCGACGGCGUCAAUGGCACUCGCAAAAGCAGACUAUUUGUUAUUUUUUGCGGAUGCCAAACAACGUCCGGAGACCAAUCAGAAUCACCACGUCGCCUCUUGUUCGCCUAACAUUCUCCGCAACAGAAUUUCUGAGGAUUUAGAGAUGACGGCAAAGCGCUUCCUCUUAUUCCUCCUCUUCCUCUUCAUCGUCGCAAUCAUCUCCCUCGCCAUGCUCAUCGCCAUCAUCAUUGGGAUUUCUCAUUUAAGACCGUCGUCCCUUUUGUUUUUGUUUUUCUAUAUUUUGUUUUAUGUUUUCUUUAUUUCUUGUUUUUGUUUUUGCCGCAAAGCCUGUAAAAAGAAAAAAAGGAGUGAAGAGCAAGAUGACAUUUUAAACUUACCUAGUUUUUCCAAUAGAUUUUCUUUCGAGGAAUUGAAAAUUGCUACUGAAAACUUUUGCCAUAUGCUUGGACGUGGAGCAUUUGGGUCUGUGUUCGAGGGGAAGCUUGCCGACGAUACUAAGGUUGCUGUAAAGAGGCUGGAAGGAGAUAGAAUUAUUGGACAGGGGAGGACAGAAUUCUUGGCAGAAGCGGAAACAAUCGGCAGCCUUCAUCACAUCAAUGUUGUGAGGCUAAUUGGAUUUUGUGCAGAAAAAUCACAUAGACUUAUUGUUUUCGAGUUCAUGGAAAAUGGGUCUUUAGACAAAUGGAUCUUUGGCAGAACUCCUGACACAGUUCUUGAUUGGCAAACAAAAGUGAAGAUCAUCAUUGACAUAGCAAAGGGCCUCUCAUAUCUCCACGAAGAGUGCAUGCACAGAAUUGCUCAUUUAGACAUCAAGCCUCAGAACAUCCUUCUCGAUAAAAAUUUCAACGCAAAGGUUGCGGACUUUGGCCUUGCAAAGCUGAUUGAUCGUGAUCAACGUGAAUUAAAUACAAGAAUGAGAGGAACGUAUGGGUAUUUAGCUCCUGAAUGGUUGACAUCUGCAAUCACCGAAAAAGUUGAUGUGUUCAGCUUCGGAAUUGUGGUCAUGGAAAUUUUGUGUGGAAGGAAGAAUUUCGAUCAUUCUCAGCCUGAAGAUGGCGCACGCUUGAUUUCUCUUUUGCAGGAGAAAGUGAAGAUUGAUCGGCUCUUAGACAUGGUUGAUAGAAACGAAAUUAAUAUACAGUUGCAUGGAGAAAAAGCUGUUGAGAUGAUGAGGCUUGCAAUGUGGUGUUUGCAGACUAACAGCUGUAAAAGACCAUCUAUGUCAACAGUGGUUAAGGUUUUAGAGGGAAACUUGAGCAUGCAGACUGAUCUUGACUACAACUUCUUCACCUCUGCUACACUGAAUGCUAAUGAUCAUAUUUACAUAGCUAUUUUCGACGACAAUCGAAGCCGCAAAACAAGAUUGGCGGUCGACGACGAUCGACGCCAAGGAAGGUGGGCUGUCGACGAUGCUCGAAGCCGAAUCGACUUCUAUCAAGCUCAAUCGAAGAAGUCGCUCGAUCAGGUAGAUAGAAACCUUGAUCGGAUUCGCGAAACCCUUCGAUCAAUAAGGAGGAUGAGGAUGUCGUCCGCAACCAUACCGAGACAUUCUUCUUCUUCGCUAUCCUUGUCCGCUCCUCGCAAACGCUAUCAACCCCGCCAUUCUUCCACCGUCAUUGAUGACUACCCCUCGCUCGAGCUUCCACUCAAAUGGCGUGAUCCACCGCCGGAAUACCCACUGCUCGAGCUUCUAUUGCGAUGGAGAAAUCCUCCGCCUCCACAGAUUACGUCGCCUAGCAAACGGAACUUCAAUCUUGAUCCGAUCCAGAUCGAUCCCGAUCAAAUAGAAACAUCUAUGGGAGUGGGAUAUGCCCAAAACCAGCAGGAAGACAAUCCAGUCUCUGACCAAGUCCAAAUCCGACGAACAGCCGCCGAUCUGGUGAUGCCGGCAGCAGCCGACCAAGCCCCCGCCGACUAG